AUGGCUGAAGAUCCGGCGGCUUUUAUAAACUUCACCAGAAUAGGGCCUGAUAUGUUCCAUGAGCUAUUACAGGUCGUGGGUCCCAGGAUCACGAAGAACCACACCUGGUUCAGACAGUACAUCAAUCCAGAUUUCAAGUUGGCUAUAACCUUAAGGUUCUUGGCCACAGGGGACAGUUACCGUACAUUAAUGUAUGGGUCUCGUGUUGAACACAAUAUGAUAUGUAGUAUUGUACGGGACGUUUGUGAGGCCAUAGUUUCAGCAUAUGCUGGGGAUGUUAUCCAGACUCCUACUGAGCCUGAGGAGUGGAAGGCCAUAGCCGAUCAGUUCGCGGCUAAAUGGCAAUUUCCACACGCCAUUAGAGCUCUAGAUGGAAAGUAUGUAGCCAUACGAUGUCCCAAGAACGAUGGCUCAUUAUACUAUAACUAUAAAGGAUACCAUUCUAUUGUGCUGAUGGCCCUAGUGGGCGCCGAUUACCAAUUCAUAUGGGUAAAUAUUGGAUCGCAAGGAGGAUGUUCCGACGCACACAUCUGGAAUCAAAGCGACCUCAAGUUGGCAAUCGAAAGGGGGUUGAUUGGCAUGCCAGAAGCAACACCUCUUCCAGGUGACGACAGACCAAUAGGUUACUAUAUCAUCGCAGAUGAUGCAUUUGACAUGAGGACAUGGCUCAUGAAGCCAUUCUCACGACGAGGCCUUGAGAAGGACGAGCGGAUUUUUAACUAUCGCCUGUUUAGAGUCAGGAGAGUUGUGGAGAAUGCUUGUGGUAUUCUCGCUCAGCGAUUUUGA